GACCUGAGAACCCAGGCUGAGCCGCUGCUGCUCCGCGGGAUGUGUGCGGGGAGAGCCCUUCCCUAGCGCCUCUCUGUGCCCAGCCGGGGGGACUUUCUCCGGGGGCUGGAACCAGCCCCUGGGGCAGCCCCGGGCUCUGCCGACACCAGCCCCUGAGCCGGAGCCUGCAGGUGAGGGGAGAGACCCGGGGGAAAGGGCUGGGACCGGGCAGGAAAGUGACUGCUCCAACGCCCCCUCCUCGCCCCAGCUCUGCUCCCGGAGGUGUGUGUGUCUGCGAGUCCCAGAGCUGCUGCCCUCCCUGACACACACACACACACACACACACCUCUCGUCCCCCUGAGCCCCUGCAGGAGCCGUGCCCGCUCCGGGAGAGCGAACGCCCCGCGUCGGGCCAGGGACCGAGUCUAGGCGAGAAGGAGAAAGACUGGAAGGGGCAACAGGAGAAAUUAUAGACUUUCCAAAAAGAUUUCCUUAGAAAAUAUUUUUAUUCCCAGACAAAAUCAGAUGGUGGGAUCGUGAGGGAGAAGGAGGAGGAUAAUCUUGAUCUAAAUGUUCAGAGGAAGGGAGAACCUCAUGAAAUGUUGUUAAGCAGAUCCAAAGGGAAUGUUUCCCAGAGUCCACCCCGGUGGAAAUUUUACAGGAAUAAGCACAGGCAGGGAAGACAGCAGAGGAACCACUCCAGUGGAGAGAGAGGGUAAACACACUCACACUCAAGGAAACAUCAGAAAGCUCAGAGACAUCAUUUUCUACCAGCAAAUCCCACAAGGAAUAGAGAGAAAGCACGUGUGCUGACUGAGGGGCGAGGCUUCGCUCAGAGCUCAGACCUUACCUGCUGUCCAAGGAGCCGCAUGGGAGAGAGGAUCCAUGACAGACCUGAGCGUGCAAAAAGUGUCAAUGCCAAAUCAGCUCUUACCCAGCCUCAGAGAACCUACGUGGAAGAGGAGCCCUGUGUAGCUGCUCACUGAAGGAAAUUGUUCAGUUAGAGCUAACUCCACAUAGAGAUCAGAGACACCCCCCCCCGUUCAAAUGGAAACAUUGAUUAUUUGUGGGUAGGAAGGGUAAUGGGAGAUGGGGCAGAGAGGAUGGAGCUGUUUGUGGGUUCAGUGCUGAUAGCUAGUUAGCACGGGAGCUGGAUGACUUGUUUGUCAGAUAGAUCAUAGGCGGAGGGAGCAGGUUCUUGAAGGGAACUCGUGGAUUGUGUGAGGAUUUGUGGGAGUGAACAGCAUAUGGUGGGAAGUGAGUUGGGGGUGGGGUCUGCUUUUUAUUUCAGUGGCCCUUUUGAUGUGAGCUGGAUAGUCUCAGUGCAGUUCCUAGCAGGAUAGGCAUCCACACAGGAAAACCAUUUACAGGAUCCAUUGUCUCAGCAAAGAGGCCAAGGAGUGGCCUCCGAUAGUGUGUUCUUUGCUGCUUGCCUGGUGUACAAUUUGUGAGGACCUGCAUGGAGAAUAACUCUUUGCAUAUUAUUUACUCAGCAAAUUAUUCAAACUCUCUUCCUGUUGGAGACAGCAAACUGCAAAUUCCUCUGAUCUACUGCCUGUGUGAAUUCACUUGACAUGUUUGUUUUUUUUUGGGGGGGGGGGUAACUCUUUGACUGGAUGGUGAAUAGUUUGCAACAAUAUUUGAUAGCCAAGGUCAGCUUAGUGAUUAGACACAUGGUAUUUUGCCAGGGAACUGGGAAAAUACCACCAGGCACCAAAGGAAUAACUUGUGACGAGGAGAGGGGCUUGAAGAAGCUGUUGUGAAUGAUUCGUGGAGAGGAACAGGUUAGCAGAGUAGGAGAUAAGAUUAGGAAGGUAGAUCAUUUUAAACCUCUACCGUAAGGCACUGCUGGCCUCACUUCUGGGGCAUCAUCUCUGGAUAACUGAGGCUGCUGUCAGAUUUAUUGGCUGGGUGCAGGAUUUCAAUGUAACUUUCUCUUGCUACAUUUGCACCCCGUAAUCUCAUGUGCGUCCAGGGUCUGGUCAGAGUGUCUCGGUGUCAGGGCUCUAGUAGGGGUUUGGGAGUCCUGUCCGUGUUCCUCAUUGGUGUUAAGCAGGGUCUUAGGUUGUUUUAUAUAUCAGCCUUUACCACUCGUUAGCACACAAUGAAGAGAAAUAAUCAUAGCAGCAGAGGAUGGAGAAACUCCUCUGCCAAACAGCCACGCUUAAGCCCCAGGCAACAUGCAGCCAGCCUCAGCAUUGGCACUUGCUUAGGAUUGUCGUCACAGCCAUGCAUGUCUGCCAGCUGCCAAUCACCACGAUCCACCACACAGAAAUACUGCUUAGCCGAGCCUGCUGUGUCUGGUGUCAUAGGGGAGUCAGACACUGGGGGACCCCUCUUCAUCCCAGAUGAGGUAUUGCAGGUUGUCAAGUCUGAGGCCGACGAGGAUGGAGCCAGCAUGGCCGGGGAGGCGGGCUCAUCAGGGGGCGACACGCUUUCAGACUACUCCUCUGGGGUGGACAGGGAAGCUCCCAUGGAGCCAGCUACCCCGGAGGACAUGGAGGAGCAGAAGGAGGGCAGCGACGGGGUGGGAUGCCCUAGCACGCAGGAACGGGGAGCCCAGCAUCAGAUGCUGAUAGCCUCAUAUUUCACCAGUGUCCAAAAGCAGGAUGAGCUGCCCAUCUGGAGCGGGCGAGAUCUCAGUGCUGGAGUGGGGGAAACCACAGGGAACAGCAGAGCAGAGCACAAUUCCCACAGCAUCGGCCCCAUCACAUCCUGCAUGCGUGCGGUGGCAACACAGGGUCCAGGGUCUGGAAGAUACCACCGACAGAAAUCAUGGGUCUGGGAGUAUUUCUCCAUUGACCCUGGGAACCCAACCCGUGUCACCUGCAUGAUCUGCCAGCAGAUGGUUAAGCGUGGGACUGAUCCCAAGCGCCUGGGCACGUCGUCUCUUGGCAAUCACAUCAAGCACAACCACAGCAUUGUCUACAUGCGCCAGAAGAACAUGGAAGGCCAGCAGCCCGGAGUGGUAGAGCCCCCCCUGACACCACAUGGGGCUGCACUGAAGUGCAGGGAGCAGAGUGGCACUGGCCGGGCCCCCAGCAUCGCCAGGAGACCUGGGGGCUCUUACACCCACCUGUCCAUCAAUGAGAGCCUGAAGAGGGGCACCAAGUACCAUCGGGCGCACUCCCGGGCUCUGGCGCUGAACGCUGCCUGUGCCAAGAUGCUGGCCCUGGACCUCCUACCUUUCUCCCACGUAGAGGGCGAGGGCUUCAGGGAGAUGAUGGCGGCAGCUGCCCCCCGCUGGCAGGUGCCCAGUCGCUCCUUCUUCUCCAAGAAGGCAGUGCCGGAGCUGUGCCGUGCAGUAAAGACUGCGGUGCUGCAGGCACUGGGGGGCUGUGAGGGCGGCCGCGUGCACCUAACGGUGGAUAUGUGGACCAGCGGGCAAACCACUGACUACAUGUCCAUCAGUGCCCACUGGGUGAGCAUGAGCAACAGCAGCAUCCUGCGCCAGUAUGCCACUCUCUACAUGUGCGGCCUGGAGAAGCAGCACGGCACUGGGCACAUGCUGGAGAGGCUGCGGGGGGUCAUCAGGGACUGGCUCAUGCCCCUCUCCCUCUCGUCGGGCUUUGUGGCCUCAGAUGAUGGACAGCGGGUGCAGCAGGUGCUGCGUGAAGGCAGCUUCCCCCGUGUCACCUGCCUGGCACACUGCCUGGGUCUGGUGGUGCGGGAGUUCCUGCACAGCAAUGAUGAGGUGGACCAGAUGCUGGCAGCAGCCAGGAAGGUCUGUGCCCACUUUGAGCACUCCUACACUGCCCGCCACCUGCUCUGGGAGCUGCAGGUGGAGAAUCAGCUGCCACGGCACCAGCUGAAGAAGGAGGUGGCGGUGCGGUGGAGCUCCACCCUGCACAUGCUGGAGCGGCUGUAUGAGCAGCGAGCCGCUGUCCAGGCCUUCUGCCUGCACCAUUCUGCCCAGGCCCAGCGGGCCGGUGGGCUGCACAUGGCCCAGGCCGACUGGCCCCUCAUCCGCAUCUUGUGCCAGAUCCUGCGGCCCUUUGACGACGCCACCAAGCUGGUGAGUGGGACUGACGCCAGCAUCAGCCAGGCCAUCCCGCUCAUCUGCCUGCUGGAGAAGAAGCUGCUCUCGCUGGUGCAGCAGUACGAGGGCGAGGGCGAGGAGACUGGCCAGGAGCUGGCCCACAGCCUGCUGCAAACCCUGCGGGGCAACCGGCAAAUCGCUGAGAUCCGCGCUCAGGAGCACUAUGUCCUGGCCACCUAUGUGGACCCCCGCUUCAAGAACAACAUGGCCUCCUUCGUGCCCGAAGGGGAGGGCGGUCUGCACCGCUGGACGCAGAGACUCAUCAAUGAGGUGGCCAAGAACAUCCGGGAUGUCUGGGACCAAGGCACCAGCCGGAGACAGACACAGCAGCAGCGCGAGGGCAGUGCCUCAGACCGGGGCAAGUACCUGUGGGACAGCCUGGAGGACUUUGGCCUCAUUAGCAUGGCCCCAGUGCUACUGGACUCAGCCAAGGCCCAGGCGGCCCAGAUUGUGGAGGGCUACCUGCAGGACACCGUGGUCCUGUCGGCCAGCGCUGAGCCCUUGAUGUACUGGCAGCUCAAGCGGGAUGUGUGGCUGCCCCUCUUCCAGGUUGCUGUGCAGCACCUGAGCUGCCCCCCCUCCAGCCUCUAUUCUGAGCAGCUCUUCACCAUGGCGGGGACCAUCAUGCGGAACAGGCGGACUUGCCUCUCUACCAGCAGCGUGGAGAGCCUGGCCUUCAUCAAAAUGAACAAGCACCUGCUCCCCCGGGAGUACCGGGUGCCAGAACAUGCGGCCGGUGCCAGGGACAAAGCGACGCGGAACAUGGAGGAGGAAGAGGACGAUGAGGAGAAGGAGGAGGAAGAUAACAUGGAGGGACUCUGACCACUGAUGCCACUUACUUAAUGUCCUUGGUGAUGGAAACCAUCCCAUGCCCGCCUCAUUGACACCAAGAGCCUACGUUGUCUUUCUUCGUGGAGACCAAUUGUACAAUACACUUUCAUGGGAAUGGGUGUGAGAUGGAUGCAGAGCACAGCAGUGGGCACCGGUGCCAGUCACCAUCUCAGAACUCAUUCCUCCCUGGCUUUGGUCUUGGUUGUGGUUCAUGGACAUUUGUAUAGAGCUUGGCAAAAGGUUUCAGUCAAAUAGUUCACCAUGAAAUGCAGUUUGGGGCAACUAAUAACAAAUUCAGGUCACAUUCAGCAAAUAGUUUCAGCUGAAUAAAACAAAUUAGUCAAAAUGGCUUAUUUUGAAAAUUUCAAAACAAAACAUUUUGACUUUUUUUCAUUUCAAAGUGAUGUUUCAUUAGAAAUUUAGCUGGAUUUAAUUUUUUUAAAAGGGUAAAAACACUUGACAAUUAAAUGAAAAUGAAGAAAAAAAAUUGGUUUGAACAAAAUGUUUUGCUUGGCCAGAAAUGGCAUUUUCCCCCCUGAUUUUUUUUUUUGGUUCAAUUGCUAAACUGGAAAAUCAGUUAUUCUCUCAGCUCUACAUUUGUAUUCUGCUGCGUCUUUCUGUCCAACUGCAAUGGGCAGGUGUGAGGAGAGUGGCCCCAUGGUUUUCACUGUAAUUACUAUUAUCCGUCUAGUGAUAUAUUUUUGGCAGUGUUUUAAUCUGUCGUGGGAAAUUGUUGAGUAUUCCCUAGAAAAGGGCAGUGUUAUUGUCCAGUUUAAAACACCCCAUUGGCUGUGAACCUACGUGGUCCAUGCUGCUGCUGACAGAGUGUUUCAGUUUAUGGGCAUUAACUUGUAUAAAGAUUUGGUCAUCUACAUUCCUGCCACUGGCUUGGCCUCAAUGGUCUCUAGUCCACAGGCCAUCAGCAAGGAAAGCUCUAGUGGAGGAAUGGGGGUGAGAAAACAGCAAAGCCAUUUUGGGGUACAAGGCCAAUUAUCUCUUUGGAAGCUCUGCAUUACAGGGCCUCCUGGCCUUCAAUUUACACAGCCUGUCAGCAAACUGGCUGCAGAAAAAUGUGCCCUAGCAGUGAUUAGAUUCUGGAAUCUUUUUAUACACGAUCCCCUGUAUGGCUGGUCUCUGAAAUGUUUUAAGAAAAUGACCUGAAAAUUAAGGCCAAUAUUUUCAAAAACUGGAUGAUUAAAAUUAAGGGCCUAACGGUGAGAUUUUCUAAAGGGUCUAAGCAUGAGUCUAAUUUUUCUGUGGAAUUUGUGCUCCUAAUCCCUUUAGGUGCUUUUAUUCAAGAAAAUGAAUUCAAACUGGGACAGGGCUACGAGGAUGAUCAGGGGAAUGUAGAGCUUGUCUUACAAGAAGAGAUCAAAGAGCUUGGCUUGGUUAGCUUAGCUGAGCAAAGGCUGAGAAGAGGGGAUGUGAUUGCUCUCUAUAACUAUAGCAGGGAAGUGAACAGCAAGGAGGAAGAAAAGCUAUUGAAGCUAAUAGACAAUAUUGGCACAAGAACAAAUGGGGAUAAAUUGGCAGUGAAUAACUUCAGGCUGGAAAUUAGAGAAUUUCUAACCACCAGAGGAGUGAGGUUCUGGAACAGACUCACAAUAGGAGGAGUGGAGGCAACCUAACUAGUUUGAAGAUGGAGCUUGAUAAAUUUAUGAAUAUGAUUAUCUGAUUGGGCUGCCUGCGAUAGCAGGGGACUGGACUUGAUGACAAACGAGGUCAUAGAACCAUAGGGUUAGAAGGGACCUCAAGGGUCAUCUGGUCUAACCCCCUGCCAAGAUGCAGGAUGUGUUGUGUCUAAAUCAUCCAAGA